AACCAACACUAUUCUUGUUCGGGGGUAAAGUUCGAAACUUCAGACAGUUUAACCGCUGCAAGGAUGCCUGAUAGCUUUAUCCUCUCUUUGUAGUGCACACUCCGGCUCAAGCGAUUCGACAGCCAUGUCAAGAGGGACAGACCGUCUAGUGAAGAGUGUGAAACAGUUCGUCGGGGUUCGGUAUAAGGUUUUUUCGGAUCGUUAUGGGCAACAGCUCAUUGACAUUUUUGAGUUCCCAAUUAAGCUCGUUUUGUCUCCUUUCACUCUGGCUUUCGACAUUGCUGGCUCUGCUCCUCGCGGCUUCGGCGUUCCCGAGCUUAUCUCCAAGCUUUCAUAUGCUUCGGUCUUCGCUAUUGCAACCUUGGGGACUUAUGACAUUGCAUUAGAGAUGGGCAGAAAGGUGAUAUGCCAAAGGAAUUGUCGAACGUGCAACGGAUGGCAGGCCUUGCGGUGUACGAUGUGCCAAGGAACUGGAAUGGUGCACUAUCAAGUGAAAAAUUACAAAUCAAAGAGUGGAGAGAAACCAACUGCUGAAUCUGUAGCAGAUGCCAUUGCUGAUAAUCGGGCUGAGUUAGUGCAUCUGCCAUCCUCCUUUGGUUUCAAGACGCCUUUACCAUCAAAAGACUGUCCCUCAUGUGAUGGAACGGGGGUAAUGAGCUGUCCAGAAUGCAAACACAAAUUGCAAGUUAGGAUUUCUGCGGAUGAUAUCAUGGAGCCUCCGUGGACAGCCUAUAAUGUGUUGAAAAGGAUGGAAUAUCCCUAUGAGCACAUUGUACACAGUAUGAAAGAUCCCAGUAUUGCUGCAUUUUGGCUUAUUACCUUUCCUCAGAUUAUGGGUGGAUUUAACUACGAUGAUGAGGUGAAGCAGAAAAUCUGGUGGCAGUACAAGGAAUCCAUGCGGUAUGAUCAACUCAGAGAUGUAGUGGCCAAACGGAAACCAGGGUGGGAAUAUCUGCAGGAAGCCUUGAAAUCUAUAGAUCCUGAGCGUGCAAGGGAUGAUCCUGUUAUAGUGAAGAAUGUCCCCUGCUAUAAGGCUAAGAGGGCUCUAGAAGCAGAGGUUAUGAAGCUUGAUCCUCCACCAAGACCACAAAAUUGGGGUGAUCUGGACCUUCCGUUGAAUGCAUCCUCUUGGAGCGAGGAGGAUCUCAAAGAUCCUCAGAAGUUCUAUGAAAUGACUGUCCUCCUUAAUGCACAAAGAGAAAUUGCUGAUAAAAUCCUGGAUGCACAAUGGGAGACUAAGUGGCGACAAGAUAAGGUGAACGAGAUGUUGGAGGAAAAGGUGCAGCCAUACAUUCAAAAUAUGGGCGACGCAGUUCUUUCCCAGCCUAUAUUGUUGCAGCAACAAACUGAGGACAAGAAGAGGCGGCGGCGGCGAAGCUGGUGGUUCUUUUGACAAAUGUGUUCGUUGCUUUCCAUAUCCUGUUUGUCCAUUCAAAAUUGAAAUCCUCCCCACCUGAGGAUUUAGUCGAUUUUCGUGGGUGUAAGUCUUGAUACACUGCCUUUUAAAGUCAUGGAUUGUUAUAUGUUGUUUUGAGGUGUAGCAGAAGAAAUGUUAGAAUUUCUGAGUAGAGGGAAACCAGAUUUCUGGAAAGUAUGAAUGAGUAUCAUGAACCACCAUGCUUCCAAACCUACACGUAUUUUUUUUUUUCUUUUUUCCUAGUGAAAUUUCACAUGAUCAACCAUUUGGUUAUUUUUUAACCCAACGCUGUGUUUUCCGGUUC